AUGUCCAGUGAUAACGAUGGGGUGAUUGACCUCAGCGAGUCGUACCAAGGCAACAUCAUCGCAUGUGCCGUUCUCACAUGGCUGAUAUCAGCCCUGGUAGUGGGAAGUCGCAUGUACCUCAGGGGACAUUUGAUGAAGCUUCUCGGCGCGGAGGACUGGGUGAUCUUGGCAUCUCUAUUCUUCUCCUUGGCACAGAGCAUUGGCUUCAUUAUCGAAGCAAGCUUUGGGCUCGGGAGACACUCCCUUGCCAUACCCCCAGAGAACUAUGUUCCAAUGCUUGAGGCAUCAUGGUUCACGAUUCUUUUCUACGCAUCAAGCCUAUCUCUCUCAAAGAUCAGCGUCCUGCUGCUAUACUUGCGAACCCUGACAUAUGAUUGGACAAGAAAGAUACUGUUGGGGUUCCUGGUAGUCGUCAUCGUGACCAGCGCCGUCAAUCUUAUUCUCGACUUUACGGCCUGCAUUCCUCUCGACGCGUUUUGGGAUUUUGAGGUGCAAGCUAGAUAUUGCCAUUCAAAUGAGGUCUACUAUGCUCUCACAGGGCUGCAGAUAGGAACAGAUUUUCUCAUCUUCCUGCUGCCCUUGCCCGUUGUAUGGUCUAUACGGGCACCCAAGGAUCAGAAGAUAGUACUUUCGAUUGUGUUCUCGUUUGGCUUCUUUAUAUGCAUUGUUUCCAUUAUACGGAUCGUCCUGCUCGCCAACGCAAUCGGCGGUUCGGACUACAGUUACAACGCAGUGGACAUAAACUACUGGUCCCUCGUCGAAGUCAACACGGCCAUCGUUUGUGCAUCCAUAAUGACGCUUAAGCCACUCUGGAACCGGAUUUUCGCUGCUUCAACGAGACAGAGCACCGGAACUCCAGAGGAAGCAAACCACAUCAACCUGCCGACCAUUGGGUCGCGGCCGUCGCGGCCGUCGAGGAAAGCACCACCGCAGACGAGGCAGUCAUGGCUCAGCGCACAGCUGGCCAAGCUAGACAAGUCGCUGCAGACUGUCAACGAGACCCAAGUCGCUGGCGACGAGGUCAACCUCAGGAGGCCGGAGACGGCGACAGCUGCGUCGAGGAGCGAUACGGAGCUGCCGCCUUGGCCUGCGCGUGAUCCUGCUGGGAGGGAUAGACUGAGUCACAACUCCAGCAUCAUAACGCCCGUUGAGCAUAAAGCGGACGAAGGGCCGUUGCGAUGA